UCCGGCUUAAUAGCUAGUUUUUUUCCAUUUUUUAUAAAUAGUAAUGGCAUAUGCCAAAGAUUCAGAAGCUGAUAUGACUCCUGCUACAUCUGAGGAAAGCGUUGCCGUGCCCGAUCCUUCGGGAAGACGGGCAAAAGGCCGCCACCCAUCAUACAAUGUGAUGGUGAAGCGCGCCAUUGCCAGUCUGAAGAACAAGAAUGGUGCUUCUUCCAAAUCCAUUGCGAGAUACGUUGUCGCUCACUUCAACGUAAAGAAGAACCCAUGCAAGAAGGCGGUCAACAGAUGCCUUAAACGUAUGAUCAGUGGGGGAUUCAUUUACAAAAACAAGCGAAAUCUUUAUAAACUGACCGGAAAGGGCAGAAAACUGAAGGGAAAGAAGCGAAGGCGUGGUCGCCGGGGAGUCAAAAAGGCGGGCCGCAGACGACGACGCAGACGUGGCAGGAAGGGUAGAAAGGGAAAGAAAGCAAGAAAGGGAAGGAGACGAAGAAGGCGACGUGGCCGCAAAGCACGCAAGGGACGCAAAACACGCAGACGAAGAAGAAGACGACGCACGACCAAGAAAUCUAGGCGUGCGGGAAGGCGAAGGAGGCGUGGAGGAAAGCGCAGCAGGCGAGGACGCAGGCGAAGAAGACGCUAAACUCUUCUAACUUUUUUACAUUGGUCUCCGACUUCAUCAAUUUGGCUCCAUAAAUGAAACACUAUUAACGAAUUUGGCUCCAAUAAAACAUUCCGACAACAUA